CAGUGAUGUGUCUUUUAUCAGUGCGCCACUCGCAAUCGGUGGAAAGCUCAUUCGUACUCCCGUAGCCGUUAUCAAUACAUCCUCUGAGCAUCACAACAGGUCUUUUGCAAAGGAUUUUAAAAGCGAUGGCCUUGUGGUAGGCGCAGUUUGUAUCAUAACCUGAAUGUUGCUGUCUCUUUGAGACAUGAGGUCACAAUAUAUUGUUUAUCUAACGAAAUACGUACUUGAAAAAUGUUCACGAUUGACUUCCACAGUGAAGGAAUAACAUCGUGUAAUAAAAAUCAAACCCGCAACAUUAUAAUUUGCAUAAUUACUGGUGCUAAGACAUCUUGGAGUUCGCACGGGUAGGUACCACCACCCCGUCUAUUUCUGCCGCGAAACAGUAAUGUGUUUCGGUUUGAAGGGUGAGGCAGCCGUUGUAACUGUACUGAGACCUUAGAACUCAUAUCUCAAGGUGGAUGGCGGCAUUUACGCUGUAGAUGUCUACGGGAUCCGGUAAACACUUAACACCAGGUAGGCUGUGAGAUCAUCCAGCAAUAAAAAAAACAAAAAAUAAAAACGUUGUCGCUGCUUUACAGAAUAGUAGAGGGCUUGUGGAAGCGGUCCAUCGGUAGGUACUUAAUUACAUAUAUUCGUAAUUUUCCCACUUUGAGUUUUAUUACAGAAUGCUAGUCAUUUAUCACGGAAGUCGUAAACAUAUAUUGGAUUAGGAGAUUUCAUUGUAAAAAUGAAAGUUGACGAAAACUUUGAGCACCGAUAUAAUUUGUGCACUGUCUAAAGUUUCAACUGAAACGGUGAAUAAUACAAACUGGAAAAAAACCCCCAACAACAAGCCCAUGUGAUAUUGUUUAUUAACUAAAAGACUAGUUUUUGCCCGCGACUUCGUCCGCGUGGAAUAGUUACUUUGGCAUGGCAAUCAUCAAGGACUGAUGAUGGGAUCCUGGAGAAAUCCAGAAAAAUCUAUAAUUCUUAAAGUCUCGUAAUGAAUAACGUAUUUAUUUGGAUAGGGAUUAAAAUCAUCUUCAUAAAAACACUUUCACAAAUAAUGCUUUAUUUUAGAACUUGGUUAGCAUAAAACAUGUAUAGUGAGUCAACCUUAGUAUAUAGACAUAUGCUGUCGCCGAGUUUUUAUAGGUUAUUUAAAGGGGAACAAUUCUCUCAUACAUUAUUUUAGCGAAACUUUAACCGUUUCCGCAGCGCACGCAGUGGAAGCCCUCAAAAGGGAAAAAAACCCGAUUUUGAAACAUUCUUUAUUGCUGCUCCGCCUGCAUUGGUCUUAGCCUGAUUUUAUAUAGCCUAUAGCCUUCCUCGAUAAAUGGGCUAUCUAACACUGAAAGAAUUUUUCAAAUCGGACCAGUAGUUCCUGAGAUUAGCGCGUUCAAACAAACAAACUCUUCAGCUUUAUAAUAUUAGUAUAGAUGAAUACAGCACAAGUUACAAUGAGAUCGAUACGUAGUGUGUAACCAUGUGUAACUUAAAAACACUCUUGUACGACCAGAGACCGGUCGCGAACAAAAUAUCAACAUUUUCCUUAAACUCUUACCACUACACCGCGCACAGAACAUUUUAAUUACUUACUUAAUUUCAAAGUUCACUUUUUUAAAUAAAUUAUAAAAAGGAACUUACAUUAAUUGAUAUAAUAUUUAUAAAAGCCAUUAUCAACUUUGCGCACUUCUUUCACCGAGAAAACUCCGUAACGUCUGCAGACAAAUUUAUGACAAUACAAUAUUCGACAAUCUUGGGGUUGCCAUUUUAAAAUUUAAAACCACUGUAUUUUUAUGUUCGAGUAAAAAUGCAUUAUUUUACAAAACAUAUAUUUGUUGUAAAACACUUAGUAUUCCAAUCGGAGCUCAGAAGUUCCAAUGUCACGGAUGCUCAAGCAAUUAGGAUUAGAUCUUAGUCGUUCUUAUCUUUUAAAGUAAUGUUAAGCUUAUUACACAGCAUAGCAUAUAUUUUCCAUUCCUCAUCGAAGUUAAGGAAAUAGUCAAUAACUUUUAAAAUUACGAUUCAAAGCAACUUUUCUAUAGAUCAAGGAACAAAUAUUUAUUUCUAUUGCAUAGAUGAGAGAACGAUAUUCCAGUCCAAGGUGUUACUGCAUACCUUAAACGUAACAAUGUGAAUGCUUCACCUUACAAUGCUUUGAGACAAAUUUGACAACAAGUGCUUUGCUAAAAUAAACAACCUAAAACCUUUUACCUUCCAACCUAAUAAUACGGAUGUUUUAAAUUUUAAAAUUGCAACACUGUGAUUGUCGAACAUUGAAUUGCCACAAAUCUGUCUGCAGGUGUUACGGAGUUUUCCCCACAAAACAAGUUCGAGAAGUUAAUAAUGACUUUUUUAAAUAUUAUAUCAAUUGCGAGUUGUAUCCCUUCACUGCUGCUCAUACUGCUGGUGUCAGCUCAAACGAAGACGCAGCCCGCGCUGGUGUCUCCGUGCCCCAGUGUCUUCGAAUACGACACAAGCAUACGGCAUCCAGGUAGAUGGUACGGCGUUAUCAAGCUAUCAAGCGACUACACUAUCCACUCGUUGUGGUUAAGAGUACAUUUCGACAACCAUACUAUCGCGUUUAAGAACUGCUUAGGAAGCGUGACGCAGGAGAACAUAUUCGAAUUUAUGAUCAACAGAACGGAUUUCGUAAUCAACCCCGGCGAAGUGAAGAAAGUACAGUUUUAUGUUGAAUAUAAGGUUACGUUGGCUCCGCCUAAAGUAAAAUAUAUAUUGUUUAAUGGACACAAAAUAUGCGGGCCGUCAGACCCUCUGAUCCUGCGACGUUCACAGUAUCGUUAUCACGGGACUGAUAUGACUGGAUGUCCUUACCGACCGGGUGCUCUGCCACCAUCAUCGGAGGAGGAAACUUCUAGAAACUCAACAAAUCAUAUACAAAGCACUACCAAGGCCGGCGCGGAGUCUAAUUCAACAAAAAAGAUUGAAAACACAGACGUAGAGGAUUUAUUAGGAGGAUCAGUGACCUUUAUGUUGCCGAAUACAAUUAAUAACUAUCACAACAAUAGUGAACACAGCCAUUGUGGUAGAAUAUACGCAAAAUCACCUUUGAUCAUAGGAGAAGCGAUCGAGUCUAUACAAUGGCCUUGGCAAGUGUCAAUAUCAAGGUGGACAGCCAGUAGUUUAUAUUAUGACGUUGAACGGAAGUAUCGGUGUAGUGGCACCUUGGUUUCGACGAGACACGUGAUCACGGCUGCUCAUUGUCUCACGGUUCUCGGUCAGACCGUUGAGCAAGACGUCGAAUUAAUUUUUGCGGGCCAGCCGCGGUUGUACGUUCAAACCGUUUAUCAGCAACACACUUUGGUUGAAAGCAAAAAUAUCAAAGUUCAUCCGGAGUUCGACUACCAAACAUUCAGAAACGACCUGAGCAUUGUGGAGUUACAACGUCGAGUAACAUACUCUACCUGGGUUAGGCCGGCGUGUCUCUGGCCGCAGACGCCGGUACCCGAGAAGCACCGCGCGAAAACUGGAGUGGUGGCGGGCUGGGGUUUCGAUCAGUCUGGAGAACAAAAUGAACUAUUAACUACAAUCGAAAUGUCCGAGGUGGACACGCAGUCCUGUCUUCAAGCUCACGAUGCUUCGUUGGCGAACUACUUAACCGAUAAGGUUUACUGCGCGAAAUAUGUCAAUGGCACCAGUUACUGCCACAACGACAGCGGGGGCGGCAUGAUGGUCCGAGUGAAGAACAAAUGGUACCUGCGCGGCGUGCUCUCGUUCUACUACUCGCCCGAGCUGCAGCACGCCUGUCAGAGUCACGCCCUGUUCACGGACGUCGCCAAGCACCUGCCCUGGAUCAAACAGCACGUCUACGACUUCUUGUGAUGUUAACGAAUAGCAAUAAACGAAUACCUAAAUU